AUGGAUAGCAAUCUGGACGGAGAUGAAGUGGAGACUCAUAAGCACGCAAAAUACUUUAUUCGGUUCCUUCAUGCCCUUCCCGGGCGGUUGGCUUCACACGAUUCCACCAGAGUCACCAUCGCCUUCUUCGCCAUCAGUGGACUGGAUGUGCUGAAUUCGUUGCAUAUGCUCUCGGACUCCUUCCAGCGGGACAUCAUCAACUGGGUCUACAAACUACAGGUGGUGCCGAAGCCAGGUGAACGAGCCUACGGCGGAAUACAGGGGUCCAGCACGUUCGACGUUAUUGGAACGCCCGAAAAUUGCGGUCUCAAUCUCUACCGAUGGGGUCAUCUAGCCAUCACGUACACGGGCAUUGCCGUACUGGUGGCCCUGGGUGACGAUUUGGGGCGGUUGAAUCGAAAAGCUAUAAUUGAGGGAGUUGCAGCGGUUCAGCGACCCGACGGCAGCUUUAGUGCAACUAUCGAAGGAAGCGAACAGGACAUGCGAUUCGUGUACUGUGCAGCCGCAAUCUGUGCCAUGCUUAACGAUUGGGGUUGUGUGGAUCGGAAGAAAAUGGCAGAUUACAUCAUGAAGAGCAUUCGGUACGACUACGGCAUAAGCCAGCACUACGAAAUGGAAUCACACGGUGGUACGACGUUCUGUGCCAUCGCUGCAUUACAACUGAGCGGUCAGUUACAUCUGAUAACGCCAGAAAUGCGAGAACGAAUCAUCCGGUGGCUAGUUUUUCGACAGCAGGACGGAUUCCAGGGGCGUCCCAACAAGCCGGUCGACACGUGCUAUUCGUUCUGGAUUGCGGCCACACUCAAGAUACUGAAUGCGUUCGAUUUGACUAGCUUCAAGGACAACCGGGAUUUCGUGAUGUCGACGCAGGAUGCCAUGGUGGGCGGGUUUUCGAAGUGGCCCCAGGGCUAUACGGAUCCGUUUCACACGUAUUUUGGUUUGUGUGGACUGACCUUCCUGAACGAACCCGGCCUGCAGGAGGUUAUGCCAAGUCUGAACAUAUCGAUGCGUGCCUACCGGCGGUUACAAGAGCUCCAGCGUGAUUGGAGGUUACUAGAAGAUGGGCUAGCCUCUGCCAAUGGGGAAGUUGCCGUGCACAUAGAGUAGAACACGUUGAUAAAGCAGAAACUGCGAAUAAUUAAGUUACUCGUUCGUUCGAUUCCUUCCGGUUGUACGUCCACCGGUGGUGAAGUGAUGGCAGUAACAACAAUGCAAAAAAAAAACACACGCACAUACUUCGGUUCUUGUUAAAAUUUGUUUCGAAUGUUUUUAGGUAUCUGUUUUGUAGAAAACGCUAAGAGAAUAGAUGUAAUUUAUUUUUGUUGUGAAUAUUGCAGAAAAAAAAGCUUAAAUACCGGAGAUAACCGAUAAACUCGCGCGGUGUAAAGGAGGACAGGAGAGCGUUAUGUAGGGUGCUAUUUAGUUAAGAUGAAUUGCCGUACAGCAAUUUAGUAAGAGGAACUAUCCCGUGUGUGCCGAACGUGAGCAGUCGCUGCUGCAGCGACAUGUUCUUCUCGCGUGUAGAUAAUUGUAAAGAUCGUCGUUUUCUUUUUUUCCGGUUUCGGGGACGCAAUUACGCUAAACAGAUUCGUCCAGUAGAUGGAAACGUUGCAGAUAAUGUGUAGCGCUUAAGUA